CGUUUCUGCCGCUUGUGUACUCUGACCAAAGUCAAAUACAGGAUAGCAGUGUGCGUCCUGUUCAUUAAACUGCAAAAGUUUAAAGUUUAACUUAACCUAAAUAUAAGUUCAAACGGUGUUUGCCAGGGUUGUUGUCUUAAGGGUUCGUCGGUCGGAUUACAGAGUUGUUAUUCGAUAAACUGAACAAACCGAGGAAGUUUGCGUAGAGUACAGUAAGGGUCCGAGAAGUAUUUUUGUGUCAUGGAGCUGGUGAUCCGCCGCUACCGUCCCUCAGACAAGGACACGGUGCGGCGCCUGUUCAGUAGCGGCAUCAGGGAGCACAUCGGCCCAUGUUUUCAGAAUGCCAUGUCUAGCCCUCUACACCUCACUAUUACUCUGUCUCUGGGCUUGGUUGGCUACCUCCUGGGCUCUUUGUAUACAGCUCUGUUGCUGCCAACAGCCUGGGUGGGACUCAUCUACUGCUGCUCCUACGACCUAUUCGCCAGGUAUGUCGCAAUGAAACUUAAGACAGACAUGCAGGACAUCGACGGGACGUACCUGAGCAGACCGGAUGAUUGCUUUUGGGUGGCAGAGGCUGAGGUCGACGGGGCAACGCAGGUCAUCGGGAUGGUGGCUGUGUUGUGUAUAGGAAGUGGGAAUGAGAAGCACGGGGAAAUGUUCCGAAUGAGCAUCUCGCCAAAGUCCAGGCGGAUGGGACUGGGCCGCAUGUUGACUCAGACUGUGAUUGAUUUCUGUAAGGAGCGAGGCUUCUCUAAGUUGGUGCUAGGGACCACCUCCACCCAGAUGGCUGCUGUGGAUCUGUACAAAAAACUGGGGUUCAAACUUGUUCUCACACACAAAGACGUAUACGCUCCCCCCUGGAUGCUUGCGUUGGCCCAAGUCAACGUUUUAAAAAUGGAAAAACAUUUAUGAAGCUAAAACUGUAGGGUUUGCUUAUGUGUCUUAUUUUAUAUGUCUUAAAGAAAAGCAUGUCUUAUAGAUGGUAGUUUUUCCAUUCACGUCGGGACCAAAUGCAGUGUGAAUAAUGUGUGACAUCAGAGAAAAAGUAAUGAAAGGAUUUAAUAUGUGAAGGUGUGAGGAUAUAAAAUGACAAUAUUUAUGUUAUAUCAGUCAAUCAUUUUUGUUUAAAGGUGGGGAUAAUUUUUUUUAAAAUUAUGCUUUUUCAGUCUGAUUACGAUGCAUUCACCAUCAUUAUGUUUGGUUGUCUCUAAAUUAGAACUAUUGAAAGUAGUUCUAAUUUCUUGUUUACACUUGUUAAAUGUUUAAUGCAUGAAAAAUUAUCAGUUUACUCCACUCCACCUAUUGAAUAUUAUUGAGUGUGUUAUUGAUUUGACCUAUUUCCACUAAUUGUUUUUAUAACAAUCAGUUUUGUUCUCCUGAAAAAAAGUCUUCACUAAAUCUAAACUAAAGAUUAUUCUUUCUAAUAUGUUGUUUUAUUUGUAUUUUUUGUUUAAUUUAGUAAUAGGAUGAGUCAAAAACAUUUCAGUAAAUGAACCCUGACCCUU